UCCAAUUGUCCGUUAGGGUUUGGAAAAUGACUUAAAAGUCAAAAGAAAAGAAGCGUUUUAGGCAUUUUCAUCUCUUUCCGUCUUCUUAUUCUCUCACCUUUGCUCUGCUACUUUCAUAGACAAUCACAGUUCCACUUGUGAAAAAAACCCGCCAAAACCCCCCCCCAUAGUCUUGCCCCUCCAAGACAAAAAAUUUACCAUCUUUGCCAAUUCAAGACACCAACAAAAAUAAACAAAACGGCUCCUUGUACAGUAAACAGCACUAGCAGCAAGCUAGCAAGACUUGCAGACAUAAUGGCUGUUAUAGGGGUUGUUUCUACUUCCCAAACUGCUGCUACCCUUUUGGUAGACUAUUUUGUCCUUCUUCUUCUUGGUUUUCCCGGUCUUGUUCUAGGCGAGAAAUGUGCACAAUGCAGAAUGUUCGGUGUGCUUUUCUUAAUGAUACCGUGUCAAGUAGUUCCCGUCAUUGCUAUCAUCCCAAAGAUAUGAGACUUAAGGUAGCUGCUUCUGAAUAUGCUAGGAUGGUCCACCCUGACCGAGAUAACUUUCUUUCUGUUAACAAGUCUAAAGGAGUGAGUGUAGACGACCAGAGAAACAAUGAGAGCCAAGCAAAUUAUGGAAAGUCUAGGGUGACAUCAUUUCGAGCAAAUGUUUUUAUGUUUGCUCCUAAAAGUACCACUGUACCCGGACUGGGCGUUCAUUGAGAAAAGAAGCUGGCAGGAUGAAGGAAGAUAAGGAGAUGGUGAAGGAGGGCUUUAAAGGUAGUAGUUCUUCUUCCACUGACCAACACUACUUGAAUCUGAAGCUUAUUGGCUCAAUAUUUAGAACAACUUAUAAAGAAGAAUCAGUUCCCAGAAAUAGUGGAAAAAGAAUUUCUAUUUUUGAUAGUCAUUUUCUACCCCAACCAACUAGUAAUAAACAAAUGUCCAGAGACAACAAUACAGCUACUGACCAAAUAAAUGGUUCCAAGCAGCUGAAAGGUUCAACUAACACGAAUUUUCAAGUAAUGGAUGAUUGCCAAGGCUGGUCUUAGAUGACCACCAAGACAUUGGAACCAUUGGAGAUGGUAAUUUUCUUUCUGAGGAUGAUUUUCCACACCAUCCAACUAGCAGUAAACAAACUUCUAGAGUUGACAAUGUAUCUUCCAAUAGGAUAAAUGGUUCCAAGCAGUUAAAAGGUUCAACCAAAACAGAAGUUUCAAGUAAUGGCUUGUCACAAGGGGCAGUUUCAGAUGACUAACAAGACACAAGACAUAUGGAUCCUAAUGUAACCAGAAGGGACCAAGCCAACGAAAAUAGGGUUGCUAGCUGUGAAGAAACUCAUAGUUUCUUGAGAAGAUAUUCACAAGCAGCUUGCUAGGAUUUACGACCAGGUUCUUGUUGUAGAUAUAUCUCUGUUGCAAAGGAAGUUGUUCUGAUGCUUACAACUCAAAACAGGCAUCUUGUUCAUGCAUGUGAUACAGAGGUAUCUAAUAUUGAUGUGAACCAAGAGACUCCUGUUGAUCAUGGUGAGAUUACAUGUUUCAGUAUUUAUUCUGGAGAAGAUGCCAAUUUUGGAAAUGGGAAGUCCUGUAUCUGGGUAGAUGUUCUGGAUGCUGGUGGUGGGAAUCUUCUGAAGGAAUUUGCUCCGUUUUUUGAAGAUCAAUCUAUCAAAAAGGUGUGGCACAAUUAUAGCUUUGAUAAUCAUGUUAUUAAGAACUAUGGACUUGAGGUUUCUGGAUUUCAUGCUGACACAAUGCAUAUGGCACGGUUGUGGGACUCAUCAAGACGAACAAUGGGUGGUUAUUCUCUUGAAGCACUUACGGGUGAUAGAAACAUUAUGCAAAGGACUAAAUGGCGCAAAGAAGAAAAGGAAUUGAUUGGUAAAACAUCAAUGAAAACUAUUUUUGGCAAGAAAAAAGUGAAAAAAGAUGGAUCUGAGGGCAAAAUGAUCACCAUUGCCCCUGUUGAAGAGCUACAGCGGGACGAACGCAAAUUAUGGAUUUUUUAUUCUGCCUUAGAUGCAAUAAGCACACUGAGACUUUACAAGAGCUUGAAAAGCAAACUAUCAAGCAUGUCUUGGGUAUUUGAUGGUAAAUAGUUUCUGGAAAGUCCA